CAACGUUAUAUCCUUCUCCCACUCAGAUGCGUGACUUUUUUUCCUUUCUUCUCUUUUUUACACGGUGAUGCUGGUCACGUGACUCGGGUCCUGGGCUGUCCCGAUGGUGACUGGACACCUGCCUGUAUUUUUCAUAAAUUCCAUGAUAAUUCUGUUAUCCUCGUUCAACGUUGCGUUGUGUAAAUUGUGUAAACGCAACAUCCAUCGCACCAUGUCCGCCCCGGGAGAGAGACCCCUCUCUCCCCGGUUGCUCUCCCCGGGUUCCCCCCGUUAAAUCGGGCUCUGUGAUGUGUUUUCUGGUGGAACUCCCCCUCGUCUUUCCUUGCUGUACACCAGUGGGUGUGCUCUGUGCGCUGUUAGUCAGUGACUUUAUCUCCGGUCGUCGACCUUCAAUUAUAAAAUCCUUUAUAACAAAGAUGUGCGCACGGGGUUACACCUUGAUACCACGCCGUGGCUGUCAUACUGGGCUACUGCCCACCCAGACCAGGACGAUGAAGCUCCAAGACCUCUUUUCUCGUCAGUCUGCUCCUCUGUUUUUCCUGCUGACAUUGCGAGUUUCCGGAGCUGUCCAGGUGAUUGGAGAAGAUGUUACUGGCGUGCAAGGACAGAAUGUUUCCCUGCUCUGCAGACUGGUUGAUUCCAGCGAGACCCCCUCUCAGAUUUCCUGGCAGAAGAAGACCAGGGGAAAUGAUAAAAACCACAACUUUUUCACCGUUACAGCUAGAAGUGGUCCACAUAACAGUGAAGCUGAUGAUAGGUUCGGGUUUAUUGGAAACAUGGCUGAGAACAAUGGUUCUCUGCAAUUAUCCAAGGUCAGACUGUCGGAUGAAGGCAUCUAUACAUGCAUCUUCACGUUGUUCCCCAGUGGACCUCAGGAGACUACGAUGAAACUCACAGUGUUUGUUCCUCCAGUCAUCAGCCUGGAAGCCAACCCUCCUCCCGUUGUGGGCACCGAUGAAGUUACCUUUGCAAUUUGCAUGGCCGUGGGUGCCAAGCCCCCCGCAGAGAUCAGCUGGCACACUGGGACUCUGGGCGACUCAGUGUGGGCGGUGAACAAGUCGACCCCGGAGCAAAAUUCAACCACCACCACAGUCAGCCGUCUUGUUGGCAUACCAACCAAAGAGGUCAACCAGCACUUGGUCCAGUGUGUUGUCAGUCAGACAACGGAGAAAAGCCUCCCGUUCACGAUACAGGUCCACUAUGCACCACAGUCUGUGAACAUAAGUGAAACAGCCGAAGAUGUGUUUGAAUGUGUAUCUGAUGCCAGCCCCAAAUCAAACAUCACCUGGAGCAGAUUCAGCCAACCGUGGCCUCAGUCUGCUGUCGGAGUGACGGAGGGAAAAUUAAAGCUUCUCAGCCUCACCGCUGACUUGAGUGGCCUUUACGUCUGUGACGCAUCAAACCCCUAUGGGAGAAAGUCAGGCACCCUCUAUGUGCACAUAAACUCAGCAUCCUGCAUUGUUUGCAAGACUCUACUAAUAAUCCUCGUGCUGGGCGUUACCAUCGGCAUCGGAUUUGGUCUGUAUUACAGGAUUAAACGCAGAGGAUUGCCUUGGAGAGGUGAGGAGAUGUUUGAGAUACCGUGUCAAACCUCAACAUCUGCACCUCUUAACCGCUCAGAUAGAGAGAAUCGGAAAACUGAAUCUGAAGAUGAAGGUGUACAAACAUAGACGUCUGGAAAGACUGCUAACGGAGCAAUUGCAGGACUACUGCUUGACCAAAGAUGUGCACUGCUGGCUUCACUUGUUCUGCAGCCGAGUCUAUAAAACAGCGGGUCAAAAAGCAUGCACUCUCAGCUCAACAGGGAGUUACAGAGGCCAUCUAUUGCUGCUUUUCCACUGCAUGGUACCGGCUCGAUGCGACUCCCUUUUUUUUCAAUUGGCCAAAAGUUGGAGCUAUUACCUGGCACUGUUUUUUUGGGUACCCCCCUCUGUCAAGGUCCCAAGUGAGCUGAGCCAAUACUAGAAAGUGACAUGAAAACAUCGCAAACCACUGGUUGGUCAGAGAGAAAUUGAACAGCUCUGUUCACAAUCAGGAAAUAACCAACGCUCGACUCAUGACGCUCGUGUCAUGGUCGAUAAUCUAGCCAUGUAAAAAUCGAUUAAUUUUUUCAAUGAAAAAAUAAUUAUUAAUUUCCAUCCAUCCAUUCUCCGUACCGCUUAUCCUGCUCUCAGGGUGGCGGGGAUGCUGGAGCCUAUCCUAGCAGUCACUGGGCGGCAGGCGGGGGUUGACACCCUGGACAGGCCGCCAGGCCAUCACACACACACACACACACACCUAGGGACAAUUUAAUAUGGCCGAUUCGCCUGAUAUGCAUAAUUAUUAAUUUGUUCAAUUGAAUUAAUUUUCUAAUAAUUAAAAUUAACCAUUACCAUUGAAUGUUUUUCCACAGUGCAGUCAAAUCCUGACGGAUCAAUCAGUCAGUCAAGUUGCAUUUUAUAUAUAGUGCUUUUCUAGCUGCAACAGCCACUCAAAGCACUUUACAAUUGAUUAAUUCACACACAUCAAUUCACAUCCCUCCCUGUUUUGUCUGGCUUUAAUAUCCUGUUUUAGUUUUCACACUAUGGAAGCAAUAUUUGCUCUGAAUGCCGUUUCCCCAUUGUCUUAAAAAGUAGUGUUGUAAAAGUAAUGAAAUAUAAUAUCAUAAUUAGGUUUUCAGUAGUGUAUACUAUGGAGGCUGCCAUUUAGCACUGCCAUGUUUCCCAGCCAUGUCUCUACACGGUUUCUAUAUGGGCAAAACUGCAUAGGGAAAACCCCGUUAAAAAAGCCUUCGUUACAUACAGUGGCUGCUGUUGCUGCCUUUGAACCUGAAUGUGAAUGUGUUGUGUUGCUUUUUGUGUUGUGAGAAAGAAGAAUGGAAGGUCACAGGGCUUGAAAUAACCUCUUUGGGCCACUUGUCCAAAGGACAAGUUACUUCUAAAAUCACUGAAAUUAGUUAUCCAGAAUGGAAAGUAUUGUCAUAUUAAAAACUAUUUUAAGGUUCCACUUUUACAAUUAGGCUAUUCUAAAUUUAUUGAAUACUUAAGAUCUAAAAACAAAAAUUACCAAAUUAAAAUAGCAGAACAAACGGUCCGCCACUAAAACCUCUACAUUUUACACACUGUGCCUUUAAGAGAGGGAAAACCCAAAAGACCAAUCAGUGGUUUUCUGGUGGCAACUGCACAAGUACCCCCAAAUAGCUGUCCCGCCUCAGCUGAGGGACAAAGGAAAAACAAGGUCGCAUUGUAAGGCCCAUUUUAAAUAUGAAUCCUGUAGGCAUGUUAACUGAAAUGCUUAAAAUAACCCUUGAUUAUUUCAAGCAGUCCACAGAAAGUCUCCCAGGGAAUAGACGGUACCAGCCUGAGGCCAGACACAGCGUCGUGGUCACCGUCGCAGCAUAUGGCAGUGAUGUGGAAUUGAAGCGGUGUGAAGCCGUGAGGCUUCCAAACCAACUGUGUCGGAGGUGAGCUCAUUGCGUGAGAUAUUGCUCAUUGCGUGAGAUAUUGUUCAACGCAGGGCGAGUAUUGGCAGCAACUAGUCGAAUCGAUUUAAAGCGGCUAAACCAUAACUUUAACACUUGCCAGCUGUCAGAUGCUGUGACAACAUCGUGAAAUCAAGCUGUGGGUGAAAAUGGGCCAGAAAGGAAUUUUGUCAUAAUAACCAAUGUCUUCUCUGGGCACCCACUGAUACAGACAAAGAACUCCCAGAUAGUGGGAAGAGAAGGGUUUAACAGUGGACGCUGGUCUUGCUGGUCUGAAUGGUCUCACUGGCAUGUGGAAAUCCAAGAUGGAGGCUGGGAGUUGGAGAGACACCAGGUAGGACGAGGCAGGGGCCCGGGAGGCCGGUCGAGCAGGGCAGAGCUGGGUCUUGGGUCAGGACGGCUGGAGACAGAGCAGGACUGGAAGCUGGAGCUGAUGGUCACAACACAGAAAGGGAGUAGGAAGAGCACACGGCUGGCACAGAGAUAAACGCAAACAAAGAGCCAAUGCAACUAUACCACAAAGGUAAGCAGACGAUCUGGCGACGAGUGGGAGAAUGAACCAGGUUUUGUGGACCAGGAGAGCAGGUGACUGAUGAGGCUUGAUAGAAGACAGGUGUGCGGGUGAUUAGCUCCAGCCCCGCCCAGCUCCCGGCAGACAGAAGGGGGAGGGGCCAGCGGCGCAGUCAAGGAGGAAAACGGAGAAAACCCUGAAACAUUUAACAUGCUCCUGAGCAAGUGGUCUGGUUGUAUUCAUUACUGCAGUUCUUGUGGAUUGAUAUAGGGAAUGGAGAAAAGUGUAAAAAAUAUGGAUUUUUCAAAGCUGACGGAAAUGAAGAGGGGUAAAGAAAAGUGUAUCCCUCCAUAACCAGCAUGAGCGGUCCAGAAGCUUGACGGUUUAAGUUUUUGUGUACUUGUGGUAGUGAGCUGUGUGUGAAACUGGGCACAAUUUCAAGUUUUCUUUGUUACUGAAUACCAGGAUCUAAUUCAGGGGUGCUGUAGUCCUUCACCAUUUCCAUUCAUGCAUUGGAUCUUCUGUGUUGUGGAGAGGGUACCAGCAGGUACCCUCAUCAAUAGCUCUGAUGACGACUCCAAAGAGGAUAAAUAUCUCAAGUUUCAUCACCAGCCAGUCAGACAAGCUUGGUCUAGUCAGAAAGGCACGAAUUGCAGAAGCCUCUUGGAUGAGAGGCGAAACGUCUUCACGGAUAUACACCAAGCCCAGUUGCACUUGAUUCAAUUCCUUUGGAUAACCAUGACCUGGACGAAUGAGAACAUUCCUAGACAAGGAUAGAGAGAGGUUGAAAUUGUGUGUGAAUACCUCUGCUAGCUGGUCAGCACAGGCCUGGAGUACAUGACCUUGUAUACCAUCAGGCCCUGCUUGGCUUUUAUAGCAUUAGUAGCCUAAGCCACGGACUCUUAUUGGAGACUUUUUUCAACCGGGGUUUAACCCCCCCCCCAUCUACAGCAUGGAAGGCCGAGGUCCUUGCCUGCCUUAUUAGGAGAGGUCAGUCUCCUUCAACAAUGGCAUGGUUGAUAUUUUUGGCAUAACAUCACAUACUAAGAAGAAAGAAGGUGCUUUGAAGAAGCAAGGCCGAUGAAAAGGGAAACAAUUCCAGCCAGUCUUGCAGUUAUACUGAGAACAAAAUACUAAAAUACAAAGGUUUUAUUGUAUGGAGAAUAAGCCCUUUGUUACUAAAAUAAAAAGGGUUUUGUUCUCAGCAUAACUGGAAUCACUGGAUUUUUUCCUUUUUGUCAUUAGUCUUUUCCAACAAGCACCCUGCUGCGCUCGUCUUCCUGUGGCUUUUGUUGAUAGUUUGGAAUGGGGUGGGUCUGUGUGGGUAUGAUGAACCAUUCAAGUGUGAUAUACUGUUUAUUUAAACUGCAGUCAAAACAAUCCUCUAUUAAUAGCUCUGUCUGGAACUAGCAGAAACCAGUGUGUGUGUGUUGUUCUGUGGAAAUGCAUUGACAGAUCCCUGGUAAAUUUCUUUUGCCUUCUUUGCAGUAUUUUUGGCUUGGGUUUGGCCAAAUAUCCUGACAGAAAGCUUCCUAAAAUCUUUCAACCCCACUCUGUUACCUGAGUGAAACAUACGCCUUCUUUCAACCCUCUAACAGACCAUUUAGGUCAUUUACUGCGUGAUACUUUUGGUGAAAUGGACCAGUAGAAGGCAUAGCAUGAUGUCCUCUAUAGCAGUGGUUCUCAACCUUUUUGGGGUCCUGGACCCCCUGCGUAUUUUUGAUCUACCCUGAGGACCCCUCCACCUGAUCUUGGGGGAGGGGGGUUGCAAUUUGAUAGAAACAGUAGAAACUGCAUUUUAAAUUGCAUUAUAGCAUUUAUUCACUCUUUGGGGCAAAAAUAAGAGCUUUCAGUUGUAACUUAGAUAUAGUUAACAAAACAGAAUUCUUAUGCAGUAACUUUCAGAUAUAUGUAACAAAACAGAAUUCUUAUGCAGUAACUUUCAGAUGUAUGUAACAAAACAGAAUAUAUAUUCAGUAACUUUUAACAAUGCAAACGGGAGCGAGAUCUCUUAUUAAAAUACAAUAAAUUACACUUGUGAAACAGAUGUAAUUAGAGAAAAAAGUCCUGUUACCCUUUAUAGUUUAGGUAGAUAAAGGUCUCAGUCACAUUUGAGUAAAAUAACCCUAUUUCUAUAAAUGUCAUAGGAUCUUUUUUUUAAAGAUAUUUUAUUUUCACGGACCCCUUGCAAUUACACCACGGACCACUAGGGGUCCGCGGACCCCCGGUUGAGAAACACUGCUCUAUAGUAACUAAUACAUUUUUGGACCAUAGCUAAUGUAUUAAAAAUCAGACAUGGUUUAAAAACAGCUAACUGUCUGAGUUGGUCUUCGGUGUUUAUACAGUACAGUGUUUUUGUUUUUAGGGGUCCAAGCAGCCAUAGCUGCGGUAACCCCAUUGUUUUCUCUAAGGAUUAUUAUUAUUUAUUAUUGCUGUUCCCGCAUCGGCUCCAAUCCCGGUCUCUCGGGCUGUGUAUGGAAUUUUUGAGAAAUUAUUUUUUCCUCUAUUUCCUUGGGAGCUCCCGAAUCUAACGCACCCAUUCCCGCCUGCCAAAUCUUACCGCCAUUUUCAAAAAACCGAAAGUGAAAGUAAAAUGAACUAGUCUGAGGCUGUUCAUCCGAUUCGCAUGACAUCUGGUGUGCGUUAUCUCCAGACGAUGGUGAUUAAAAAGUUGUGGAAAUAAUUUGGAUAUCUCGUUCCAUCUCGAAGUAACGUCAAUCAAACUUUAAUAUGUGGCCCAUGGUGAUUCUAUUGCCUAUAUCUAGUGAUGCGAUUGUCCAAACUUAACAAAACGUGUCAUGCUUAUCACAAUAUUCUUUGGAAGUACGACAAAUUUUGUGAAAUUUCGUCCAUAGGGGGCGCUACAACUGACACGUCAAUAUCUCAAAAACCACUUGAGCUAGAAAUCUGGUAUACUUACACUUGGACCCAUUUGGCUACAUUGCCUAACGUGGAGAUUGGCUGGAUUACCAAAAUGGCCGGCAAACAGCCAAUCAAAAUUCAAUAGCUAAUAUUUGCUAGUGUGAAUGGCCGAUAUUCAUGAAACUUGACAGGCUUAUUCUUUGUGGCACAUAGAAACCAUGUACCAAAUAUGAAACAGCUCGGACACAUGGGGGCGCUACAAUAAGCAGCUGCAUCACUGCUUGGACCCCGUUUAUCGCUGCUUGCGGCUAUAUUUUUGUUUUUACAUGGUGAUGCUGGUCACGUGGCUCGGGUCCUGGGCUGUUCCGGCAACAUCUGGACAGUGCUUGGCAUCCUCCUCAUCUACUUUUUUUUUUUAGGGAGUUGUUCCUUAUCCGAUGAGAGGGUCUAAGGACAGGAUGUUGUGUUGCUGUUAAGCCCACUGAGCAAAUUUGUAAUAUUAGGCUAUACAAAUAAAAUGGAUUUGAUUUUAGUACUACUUUUGGCUGCUCCCGUUAGGGGUCGCCACAGCGGAUCAUCCAUUUCCAUCUCUUCCCGUCCUCUGCGUCUUCCUCUGUCACACCAGCCACCUGCACGUCACCCCUCACCACAUCCAUAAACCUCCUCUUUGGUCUCCCUCUUUUCCUCUUCCCUGGCAACUCCCUAUUGAGCAUCCUCAUCAUAAUCUUCAUAUAUUUUAUAAUUCCAUUAUAAUUCUGUUAUUCUCUUUCAAUGUUGUAUUGUGUAAACACAACAUCCAUUGCACAUUGUCCAUCUUGGGAGAGAGAUCCCUCCUCUGUUGCUCUCCCUGAGGUUUCUUACUAUUUUUUCUCCCUGUCAAGCCCACGCCGGUACGAAUGCCACGACCACCACCUGUACGAGAACCACGAGCCUACUAAGCCUGCCACCUCCGAGUGCUGUUGUCCCGCGGCCGUUCCGCCGCCUCCGAGGUCGGUUUGCCCAGCGGCCACCUGUCUUCAAGACAACAUGCCUCUUUGCCCCCCAGCCAUCCAUCCAUCCAUCCAUCCAUCCAUCCAUCCAUCCAUCCAAUCCCUCAUUCUCCUUUCCUGCGCUCUCUGGAACGGUCAUCGAGUCGAAUAGCCAGAGCGUAUGAGUUGGUCAAGGGAAGUGGUGUCGUCUCUGACUAGUUCAUCUUUUAGUGUCUCAGAUAACCCCGUGUGGAAAGCGGUUUGCAACGAUAUGUCGUUCCAGUGACCAAGAUUCUGAACUCGAUAGAGUAGUCGGCUACACUUCGGUUGCCUUGCUGGAUAUGCAUGAGGCGAGUGGCGGAGUUACGACCAAGGACGGAGUGAAAGAACACUUCCCUGAAUUCCGCACAGAACAGUUCGUAAGACCCAAAAACAGGCUGCUUUAGCCCGCCACCCGGCUUCGAACCACUGACGCAGAGGCCCAGAGAGAAGAAGGCCAUCUUUUCGUUGUUGUCGGAAUACAUGCUUGGUUGGUGAGUGAAAAUGAAAUCACAUUGCAUGAGUAAAGUACCACAAGUAGCCGGGUCUCCAUCAUAGGGUUUGGGGAUGCCAGGUUCUCGCCUGGUCUGUACAGGGGCGUGACUAGGUGCUGGGGCUCGGACAGGGGGCUGUGCCGGGUUUCGGGGUAAUAGCGGGGUUAGUUGAGCCAUGAAAUUGCUGAAUUGCUGGUUUAAGGCCUGUAGGCCUUGGUCUGUUCAGGCCGCUUGAGUGUUGAGGGUUCCCACGCUGGCAGAGAGGGCUUGCAUAGAGGCGGUAGUGUGUUGUCUCCCGACCGGGGUUCCUUGGCUAGCUAUAGCAGCACGAAGUGCCUCAACAUCCGCUUGGUCCAUGUUAGCCAGAUCGUUCUGUCAGGGCUACCAGGUGUAGGACCCAAAAGCAGAACGAGAGACAAGAUGGGGGGGGGGGGGGGCAAAGAGGCACGUUUAUUGUCUUGAAGACAGGCGGCGGGCGGCCGCCGGGCAAACCGACCUCGGAGGCGGCGGGACGGCCGCGGUACAACAGAACUCAGAGGUGGCGGGCUUGGUAGCCUCGUGGUUCUCGUACAGGUGGUGGUCUUGGCAGGGUUGUGGUAAUCGUACCGGCGUGGGCUUGGCAGGGUCAUGGUUCUCGUACAGGUGUGGUCCAGGCAAUGGCAGGGAGGUCUAACAAGAGGCAGAAGGAAAUAGGGGUUAGGGUUGGUCAAAAAAGGAACAAAGCUAGAGUCAUCUAUGCACUUGGAAGUGGUUCAAUGAUCUGGCAUCGUCCGGAGAGCAGAGCGGCUUCUUAUCCUGGCCGAGAUGGGUUGAUCGGCCUGAUUGGAGAUGCAGGUCAGGUGUGAGCUCUGGAGAGCUCCAGGUGAGAUCAAUGAACCAGAUGAGUAAGGCAGUGGGAGCGGCCUGACGAGGGCGGGGCUGACGAGGCAGGGACGUGACAGUUUAUUCAAGACACAUUUCACUAUUACUGAUCUCUUUUUACGCAAGUUAAAAUAACACAUGAAUUGGUCAUGAGAGGCACUUCUUAGUGACAUGCAUUAUCUGUUCACCUGUGGGUUCUCUGUUUUCAGAAAUUUCAAAGUCAAGGAUUAUUUUAAGCAUUUCAGUUAAAGGUAUAUACUAUGGUAGAGAUGGACUGCCCUGUGAAAUAAGCAAAAUGAUCUUGUACAACAUCUUCAAAGUUCAUUUUUGUGUUACAGACGAUAUAGUUUUGUUUCAACACUAUUGUAAAUAUAAGUUAACACUUCAGAAUGCUUUCCAAAUGCUACUUUAUUCUCAUAUAUAUAUAAUCAUUUUCUUGUAUUGUGUUUAAGUGGUAAAUACUUGUAAUCUUCAGGCAACAGAUGUGCUUGAAGAUUACAAAAUAAUUCGUUUCAGUUCAGUAUGUUACAGGUUUUGCUUCCAAACUUUUUGUAUGCUUUGUUUUUAAUUUCUAACAGUACAUUUGGCUCUCGCUCGCUUGCUCUCUCUCUCUCUCGGAUAGAUGGAUGGAAUACAUUUGGCUUACGGCUUUCACUAGACUGAAGAUUUGUUGAUGUGUAAUGCUUGGUUUCAAAGAAAAGUUGGCAGCUUUACAUUUCAACGUGUCCAUAUUUAAACCCAUUUUGUUAUUUAAUUUUGUAUUUUGUUAUUGUUUGACGGUUUGAGGCCUUUUUCUUCUUGUGUUCUUGAGUUGUUUUGAUGUUGCUCUUGUGUUGAAUAAAUGAUCUUUGUAUGGUUUACAGAUGAUUGAGUUCUCAUUUAAAUCACUGUUGAAAUACUAACAUAGAAAAAGGGGGUAGGACUAGAACAGUUUUUUUUUAACUUCUGCCUACUUCUUUUCGAACUGCCGAGAUUUAAACCAAAUGUCUGAUGAUGAUAUUGUUUACUUGUGUUGAUUUUUUUCUCUUUUGUUUUCUUUUAUUAUACAUGUUUUUUUAAAUUUAACGUUCGAAAUAAACAAAUAUACUACUACUACUACUACUAUAGUGGUGUAGUGAAUU